AUGGAUUGCUCUAUUUGCAAGCAACAUCCUGCCGCUGACGGUGGAAUGCACUGCAUAACAUGCGCCCGCAACAUGCUCUACGGGGUGAGAAAUCAACUCGCUCACAUCUUACUUCAGAAAGAGGAGCUUCGUCGCAAAGUCGAAGCCAUCGUCCGCCCAGAGCUUGAUACUUCCAAACCUAUCGAUGAGGAGACCACGAAACUCAGAGAAGCGUGGCAGCAUCAGCAAAGCAACAACGACGGUCAGCGCCUUCAAGAGGAGAAAGAAGAAAUGGAGCGUCAGAUUCAGGAAAUCCAAAAAGACACCGAGGAGAAACAAGCUCAGGCCAAGGCCGUGCGAGAGCGUCUGGCUGAGAAAAGAGCCAAUCUGGAAAUCGCCAAACAUGCUCUGGCCACCAAAGGCCGGAAGAAACUCCAGGAUCUCGAGGAUGCCUGUGUCAAGCAAGAAGCCCAAAAUGAUGCUCUCCAUAACAAGACUGUCGAAGCGAAAGCCACACUCUGUCGAGAAGCUGCUACGUUGUUGAGGCUGCGACACUCCAAGAGAAAGGCCAAAGAUGGUACGAUUAAAGAUCGCUAUUCUCUUGGAGGUCUCGUACUGCCAGAUUUGAAGGAAAUCAACAACAUGCGAUGCACCGAACUCAGCGCGGUUCUUGGACAUGCUACUCGCCUGGUCUAUCUCUGUGCGUUCUACAUUGGUAUCAGACUCCCUGCGGAAAUCACACUUCCCCGUCGAGAUUAUCCGCUCCCAACAAUCAAUACCCCUCUCACAUCAUAUUUUGACCAACGUAUCCCGUUCCCCGGUACCGGUUCGAGUCUUUCAGCACCCAGCAGCCCGACUGCUUCUCGAAUGGAUCUCAGUUCAUUUCCUCGACCCCGUCCUCUAUUCAUCGGUACUGACGACCAUAACGAAUCGGUGGUCCAGUUGGCAAAGAAGGAACCGUUGGCAUUCAACUUCUUCUUGGAAGGCAUUUCUCUUCUUGCUUGGGACAUUGCAUGGCUUUCUCGCACGCAAGGAUUCGUUGCAGGUACGGAGACGUGGGAAGAUAUCUGUGACAUCGGUCGCAACCUGUACCAGAUGAUCUUAGCUCCUCAACAAUCUGCUGCCACAUUCCGUGUUCUCACUCAACGAGAAAUUCAAAACCGUCAACGUCCAUCUCCUGAAAACCCCCCGGUUCCUGGUCGACUGGGUUCAACAUCACACACUUCGGCACAUACCUUUCUUGGGCGCGCGAAUGAUUCCGCCGACAACCCAUCCCGUUCGUGGCGCCUGAACAAAUACACCAUGGUCGCCGAUCCCUUGAAGAAACAUCUUUUGGUAGAAAUGAACAAUGCUGAAUGGGAACUGCUUGAUGAACAGGAAUGGGAUGAUGGAGGGGAGAAGAUGGAUGAGGCCGUGUUCAUCAAGGCUAAGGCGAUGGACGGGAAAGACUACGAUGAUGCAAGAAGCAUCAUGACCACCGCCGCCGCCGCCAAAGUGGCUGGUGUAGAGGAGGAUAAUGCCCGGGCCAAGGGUAAGAGUGGUUGGACCAAGGUUAAGAGCCGAGAGAAGCCAUGA